AUGAACAAAGCAAACAAGCGCCGCGAGACUGACGUCAUGAAGCUCAUGAUGAGCGACUACGAGGUGCAUCUAACGGACGAGUCCAAGACGAGCGACCUCGACGUUAAGUUUCACGGACCAAAAGAUACUCCGUACGAAGGAGGCUCCUGGAAGAUCCACGUGACGCUGCCCAAAGACUACCCAUUCAAGUCUCCGUCCAUUGGCUUCGUGAACCGCAUUUACCACCCCAAUGUGGACGAAACAUCGGGUUCUGUUUGCCUGGACGUGAUCAACCAAACGUGGAGCCCGAUGUUUGAGCUGGUCAACAUUUUCGACAUGUUCAUCCCACAACUACUGCGAUACCCGAACCCAAGCGACCCACUGAACGGUGAGGCGGCCUCGUUGCUCAUGAAGGACGCCGAGUCGUACAAUAGAAAAGUGAAAGAGUAUGUGCGGAACUACGCGUCGCAGCCCAUUGAAAUGGGCAACCAGGAAGAAGACAGUGAUGUCAGUGACAUGAGCGAUAUCGAGUAG